AUGAUCAGUGAGUUGAAAGAUGAGACACGAAGGCUCAAUCAACAGAUCCAGAUUCAGGAGUCCAAAUUCUCAACCCAGAACCUGGAGAUCCAGGCCCUGCAGGAACAACUGGAUGUGCAGCGCAAAAAGUUCCAGGAUGUCAGUCAGAGGUACCAAAAUCUGCAGUCAUCUCAUUCCACCAGCACAGAGAGUGAACUCAAGAUGAAGGCACAAAUAGACGCGGACGUGAGCGGAAUUCGGAAACCUGAGGAUUUGUCCAGGGAGGUCAUACAGAUUCAACAGCGAGAACUGAACCUGAAACAGCAGAACUACACACUCAAUAGCAGCAUUCGCUCUGUGGAGAAGGCCCGCACUGAGCUCAUACCCGAGAUCGCUCAACUGCGAGCCAAAGCUCAAGAAGAACAGAAGAAACGAGAGAACCAGGAUUCGCUUGUCCGUCGCCUGCAGAAGAGAGUCCUACUACUCACCAAGGAGCGCGAUGGAAUGAGGGCCAUAUUAGAGUCGUAUGACAGCGAGCUGGCCACAAGUGAAUACUCUCCUCAGCUCAUGCUCCGGGUCAAGGAGGCAGAGGACAUGCUGCAGAAAGUCCAGACACACAAUACAGAGAUGGAGACUCAACUGUCUAAAGCCCAGGAGGAGGCAGGCAGCUUCAAAUUACAAGCUCAGAUGGUGACGACUGAACUUGAGGCACUGAAAGAGCAGCAGGUGUCUAAUGCAGAGAAAAACACCUUAGCAACAGCAGAGGAAGUCAGCUCUCUCAGGCAGAAGAUCGAGGAAUUGGAGGCAGAACGUCAGCAGCUGGAAGAGCAAAACAACAUUCUGGAGAUGAGACUAGAGAGGCAUAACCUCCAGGGAGGCUAUGAUCCUGUCACGACAAAGGUGAUCCACCUGCAAAUGAACCCCACUAGCAUCGCAAAGCAGCAGUGCACUGAAGAGGUGGAACAGCUGAGGGUCGAGUGUCAACGCUUGAGGGACCGACUCCGGAAAAUUGAGGCGGGUGGUGGCAUGACGACAGACGACACUACUCUCAUCAUUCCACCUUCACAGGAAAUACUGGACUUGCGCAAGCAGAUGGAAAGUGCAGAACUGAAGAACCAGCGCUUGAAGGAAGUGUUCCAGAAGAAGAUUCAAGAGUUCCGUACUGCGUGUUACGUUCUCACCGGGUACCAGAUCGACAUCACCGUGGAGAACCAGUACCGGCUCACUUCUGUGUACGCCGAGCAUAUGGAGGAUUCAUUACUGUUCAAGUCUACUGGUCCAGUGGGCAGUGGCAGCAUGCAGCUGUUGGAGACAGAUUUUUCCCGCACUCUAACUGGACUGGUAGAUCUGCAUCUCUUCCAUCAGAAGAGCAUCCCAGUGUUCCUCGGCGCGGUCACCAUCGAGCUGUUCAGCCGCCAGACUGUCACCUGAUUUACCUGUCAUUGCUCGACCACACAGUAUUCAGGGAACUCUCUCUCACACACUCACACACACAGCAAGACACUGACAUCUACAGAACUCCUGGCUGUGACAAGCUGAUCAUUUUUAAUUUGCAUUUUUACAGAUUAAGCAUUUUAUAGUUGAAGGUCAUCAAAGCAUGACAAUCUAUAUGGCAGCAUUUGAGUAGUAUAGUGAUUACUGUGUAUUUUUCCUUUUACCUAUAAUUCUGUAAACCCACACUGUUUAAGAAACAGGUUAACACGUAUGCAAAAUAAACCUAAAGAUGUGCAGUCUUUUUUUUUUACAAACAUCUUUCAUGGCAGUUUAUUUGCCUGUAUUGAAG